GAAGUGGUAAUUAGCAUUUCCGGUCAGCUUGCCAUUGUAUUUCUGAUCAUCUUAUGUGAUCUUGUGUAUUGCGACCAGUCGCGGACUUUUGGUAUAGGCAACUCUUCACUUGCCCUAGAAAGAUCGACGACAGCACCCGAGAAAAUAGCAUCUGACUUCACUACGGAGUUAUCUUUUCCAUACGAUCGAAUAUCGCGUUAGUUUUGAGGGAGUGAAAAAUCAUCGCAAAGACAAACCCGAGACUUAAUUUCAUCUGAAUUUUCACGCGCAUGUUACCCACUAUGUCCCUUUUUGGAUCCCUGAUGGGCGAUUUUGAAGAGGACCCCAUCAUCGGGACUCACAUGCGAUCUAUGAGACAUAUGAACAACAUGAUGAACUCGCUCUUUAGCGAUCCCUUCGGUAUGAUGGGUGGACCCGCUGCACUUACUGGGUCUAAUCAUCACCGGGGAAAUUCUCGUCAUAACGAAAUGCAAAUGAUGCCAUUUGGCUUUCCCCCGAUGCCUGCUUUCAACAUGAAUCGUGUUUUUGCAGAUUAUGGAAACAUGGGUCCAAAUAACGGAAAUUGUCACUCUUUCAUGAGUAGCUCUGUCAUGACUAUGACCAGUGGUCCGGAUGGCAGACCACAGGUGUAUCAAGCAUCAUCUUCGACAAGAACUGCACCUGGAGGGGUUAAAGAGACAAAGAAAACUGUAUGUGACUCGCGUACAGGUACAAAAAAGAUGGCAAUUGGUCAUCAUAUUGGAGAAAGAGCUCACAUCUACGAACGAGAGCAGAAUGUUCAUAACGGUGAUGAAGAAGAACGUCAGGAAUUUAUAAAUCUUGAAGAAGAGGAAGCCGAAGAUUUCAACCAGGAGUGGGAAACUCGUACUAAGCAUGCCGUUGGCGCAGUGGAUCACCACACUCAUGGACCUGCUGGCUAUGCGGUGUCUCGGCACAGGAACCGUCAUGAACAUACUCCUCUGGCUUUGCCGGCGCCCACAGCAAGCCGACUAUCUAGUCGCUCCAGGUGGGCACCUUCUCCAAGGCGAGGUUUGAGAACCUCAUAUUCUCCAAAGCCCAGCAGUUUAUUAUCCACAUCACGCACCAGUAGAUCAGAAACUACAUCAACAGAAACUAAAGUGACGCAGCCUCCGUCAACCUCACCUGCUGGUUUAGGAAGUCGCAAGCGUGAUCAUAGUCCAGAGAAAGAGAGUAGUCAUAAGCGACACUCCAAUCCAGAUUCCACUGCUUGAAGACACCUUAGACAGGCGAAAUGCCAGAGCUCAUUUCAUUUUCAUGGUAAAAUCUCGGUAUGAUUCAUUAUCAUUCCUACUAAAAGUUAUUAUCACUACACCAAAAUGAAUUAAGGAUCCCUCAAUCGGUUCGAACAAAGAUCUCUAUUUCGAACGUUUGAAUACUGCUAAGUUUUAAUUACAUUUAAGCUUCUCAGACUACAAUUUACUAUUAGAGACUAUUACAGAUUUACAAUUUACUACAUUUUAAAGUGUAGACUAGUGAAAUAUAUUAUGUGUCGAGUUUCAGCUUAUAAUAUCACAUAUUAAUAUUUACACAUAUAUCAUACAUCGAUUUUGGCAUGUUUGAUUUCACAAUACAAACGGAAAUUUUCCUUGGUAUGAAGCUUAGUUAUAAAGUACCGAGAUUUCACUGUACCAUCAUUAGCUAUGAGACUGUCCCAUUUAUGUCGACGAUCUAGAUGUUAUAUUUAAAAUAAUCAUGGAUUCAAGGCUUGCAAAACAGAGUUAAGUAGUAUUUAUACCUAUACAUACACAUAUAUAUAUAUGUGUAUAUAUACAUAUACAAUUACACAUCUGCGAUAUUAUCAGACGCAACAAUGUUGUGCUGCUAUUGCUCGUCAAGCAUCUAAUAUUUUUUGAGCCGCAGCCCAAACUCAAGCGUUCGAGGUUGUAGAAGUGAAUCUUUACUAAAGUACAAGGUAGUUCGUUAAUUUUCUAUGUAAGAUUAAAUAUAUUUGUGUGGAUGUGGGACAUUUGAUUGCGAUACAAGCGCAAUAAUUUUCAUUUCCGUUUUCGGAGUAGUUUUAGUUCAAAAAUCGCAGCAAUGAUUUUUUUUUUUUUUUUUCAUAUUAAUAGACCUUAAUCUAACGAAGCUGCUCGUUCUCGUGGAGAGAUUUUAUUCCACCAAUCGUUUUCAUUUUUCAACCUUCUUUUUCCGUAUGGACAUUAUUUCUCCAUUGUUUCUUUUUUUUUAUAAUAUGAUGCCUCCGAUAUCCGGGGCAGAAAAAUUUGCGAUACAAAAAUAUUGCCCUGUGACGAAACCUCACCGUAAAUCAACUAUGUGUGCUACAAUUUAAAUCCGACAGUUGUAUCCGAAUUAUAACUGAACGCCAAACACGGUUAUUAUGAACACGUGUGCGAAAACUGCUUAAAUGAAUAUAGAGGAACUGUAGUUUAGAUGAUUCAAAUAAAUAAUUGAGGUAUACCGUAGAUUGUAAUAUAAUAAAUAUUAUUGAUUUCUUAGAAUUCAUAGGACGAUAAGAGGACAGUUUACAGUUGUACGGAAUUUAAGGAUAUAUUUUGGGACAGGAUCUUAAUGACAAAAUAAUGACAUCUCACUUGUUAGAGUGCUUUAAUUCCAUGAUUUAUUUGAAACUGAACCAAGCAGAGAAAUCUGUCGUUACAAUUUAUAGUGUACUGAUAAAAGUAAAAUUGUAAAGUGUGGUAUAAAAUAAAUAUAUAUUGUAUCCCAUCA